AUGCGAUCAGUAGCUAGAGGAGUCACCACCAAUAUUCGCAAAUUAAUCGAGGCUAGACCGAAGAAUACUGGACAGACUGUCUACCUGACGCACGUCAAAUGGGUAACCGGAAAAGCACAAUUAGAACAUUAUUUCAAGCGAUACGGGCCAAUUCAAAGUGUUAACAUGUUUUAUGAUCCCGAUACGGGUCUUCAUCGUGGUUUUGCAUCGAUAACUUUCGAUUCGAAGGAUAGUGCGAACAAAGCGAUUGAACAACGGCCGCACGUUAUUGAUGGAGAUAGGGUGGACGUGGAGCCCUAUAUACCCCUCAUCUCAAAAAACAAAAAGAAGGAUUUGAUGCUCUAA